ACAAAGGUUAUACCAGUACAUCUAAAAUUUAACACGGUUGAUUCCCGAAAGUCAAAGUGUGAAAUUCACCGCAGCAGUCGCAAACAGGAUCGGAAGAGGCGGAAAUUCAUCGUACUACAACGGGCUAAGCCGCGUAAAGAGAGCCGCGUACAAAACAUAUAUUUGGACACCGGAAAAGCCGAGCACACAGUAAACAUGUUGGCCUUCCACAACGAGCACAUUGCCAGCUGUGCUUUCCUGACCUACUAUACACCGGAGAGCUCCACGGCCACGGCGGCCAGCUCGCCCACCUCAUCCGCCGCACAGGCGACGACGCUCUUCAAUGACAAACAGGCCAUAUCAGGGAUGAACCGUGCUUUACAGCUGAAGCCAGCUGAAAAUGAAAGUCGCAGCGAGCAUCUAGAUCGCAAGCUCUUCGUUGGCAUGCUCAGCAAACAACAGACCGAAGACGAUGUUAGACAAAUCUUCCACCCGUUCGGCUCUAUAGAGGAGUGCACCAUAUUGCGGGGCCCGGACGGUACGAGCAAAGGUAAGUGCACAAGGCUUCAUCCUUACAACAGAACACGUGAUCCACGUGGCGGCUGCGCUUUCGUCAAAUUCGGCACGCAACAGGAGGCUCAGUCAGCAAUAGCCAAUCUACACGGAAGUCAAACUAUGCCGGGUGCAUCCUCCAGCCUGGUCGUCAAAUACGCCGACACAGAGAAGGAGCGACAAAUCAGGCGCAUGCAACAAAUGGCCGGCCAUAUGAACCUGCUGAAUCCGUUUGUCUUUAAUCAGUUCAGUCCGUACGGCGCCUAUGCUCAGCAACAACAGCAAGCCGCUCUGAUGGCAGCCGCUGCCACGGCGCCUGGAUCAGCAGCCGCUUACAUGAACCCCAUGGCCGCCCUGGCAACGCAAAUACCUCAUGGCCUCAAUGGCACCGGACAGCCGCCUUCGUUGCCCUCGCCGACUAUGCCCAACUUCAGCAUGGGCGCGAACACGCCCAACGGCCAGCCCGGCGGAGCUGCCGCGGCUGCAGCAGCUGCUGCGGCGGACGGGGUCUUCACGAAUGGCAUUCCACAAACGGCAUUCCCAGGACAUCCGCUGCAUUUGACUAUACCACCACAAGGUCUGCCAAACGGCGAUGCUGCUACUCUGCAACAUGCCUUCCCUGGUCUGCCACCGUUUCCAGGAGUUGCCUUCCCCGCCGUCUAUGGACAGUUUCCACAAGCUUUACCACCUCCCCUAGCGGCGGUUGCACCCACUCAGCGUGAAGAUUUUCUGAUGUUCCCAGGAUGCUCGAUAUCCGGUCCAGAGGGCUGCAAUCUCUUCAUCUACCAUUUGCCCCAAGAGUUUGGCGAUGCGGAAUUAAUGCAAAUGUUCCUGCCCUUUGGCAAUGUGAUCAGCUCUAAGGUCUUCAUCGAUCGCGCUACAAACCAGAGCAAAUGCUUCGGUUUUGUGUCCUUCGAUAAUCCCGCCAGCGCUCAAGCGGCCAUUCAGGCCAUGAAUGGCUUCCAGAUUGGCAUGAAAAGACUGAAAGUUCAAUUGAAGCGGCCAAAGGAUGCCAGUCGACCCUAUUAACAAUCGGAGUUCCUUAAGUGUAAUUCGCAACAACUACAACUACACCCUGGAGCACCAACAACAGGAGUAGUCGCAGGAGCAGCCAUGCCACAAACAACAACACACUAUGCAACUGCAGCAGCAGCCACUGCAUCCACAGCAACAGCCACAGCAACAACCACAGUACAUCACUAUAGUCGCAGAAGCAGCUUUAGGCCACCAUUUCCCACUGACAACUCCACUCAUAUGCAGUAUCAAUUCGCCAGCUGGCGAAAUGGUACCUACUGCUAUCGCUAUAGUACCCCCAGCAACAUCUCUCCCAGCCCCAACAGCAACAUCAGUAAUGCCAGCAACUGCAGCAAGGACAACAGCAACAGCAACAGCACCACCAGCAACAGCACCACCAACAACAAUAGCAGCAACUGCAGCAGCAGAAUGGACGAUUCCCAACCACAUCCAACUGAACCGGACACGGCAUCCAAUAGCAACCAGAAGAAGAACCUAUCCAAAGUGGAACUAGUCGAAAAACUGUUCAAGUGGCAGCAACAAAAGCGAAAGACCUAAAGCCACCAGGAACCAGCAGCAACCAACAGCAACCAUUGACAACUGCGACAACAAUAAGGAGCAACUACUGAAAGGGUGAGCCAUUGAAUUCGGAUGAUUGGGAAUUCCCAAUCCCCCAACCACUUCAGAAGAAGAUGAAAAAGAAGAUCUCUUUCCAAAUGGAAGAUUUCCCAGAGCUGCCUCGGCGAUCUACUUGGAAGGAGAUCUUGCGGAUAAAACUUGGAACAGCUUACUGAUGCUUUACCAUUACCUCUUUUCAGAUGGUCUUCACCAUGCUAAGUGAAAAUGAUUAUAAAAAUAAAACUUAAACACAUGCAAAAGCGUAUGUCAAAAAAACC